CUGUAGCCGGAUGUGUGGGCCGGUCUGAAAUCUAGCUGGACGGAGCUGGUAGGAAAAGGCGUAGCUAGUAAACAUCACCACGGACAUUAGAGCCCGAAAACACCGACUCAUUCGACAUCCACCUCGGUUCAUCACGAGUCCGCCGGUGUCCUCUGCGAAGCUGUAACCGCCCGCGGUCGUCACCGUGACUGUCAGUGUCCCCGAAAAACACCCGACUGUCGGGGCGUUAGCAAGCUAGCUUAGCCACCUAGCCGUAGCAGGAGAUUCAAGCUAGCGUUAGCUUCGGAACGUACACAAAAAAGAAAAAGAAAAGAUGAUAGCGCUAAUCAACAAACUGCUGGACUGGUUCAAGGCGCUUUUCUGGAAAGAGGAGAUGGAACUGACCUUGGUGGGGCUGCAGUACUCGGGGAAGACCACCUUCGUCAACGUGAUAGCGUCUGGCCAGUUCAGUGAAGACAUGAUUCCUACAGUUGGAUUCAACAUGAGGAAGAUCACAAAGGGCAACGUCACCAUCAAGUUGUGGGACAUCGGGGGUCAGCCUCGGUUCCGGAGCAUGUGGGAGCGCUACUGUCGAGGAGUCAGCGCUAUCGUCUACAUGGUGGACGCAGCCGACCCAGAGAAGAUCGAAGCCUCCAAGAACGAACUCCACAACCUGCUGGACAAACCGCAGCUGCAGGGCAUCCCGGUUCUGGUUCUGGGGAACAAGAGGGACCUACCAGGAGCUCUGGAUGAGAAGGAGCUCAUAGAGAGGAUGAACCUGUCGGCCAUCCAGGACCGAGAGAUCUGCUGUUACUCCAUCUCCUGCAAGGAGAAAGACAAUAUCGACAUCACCCUCCAGUGGUUGAUCCAACACUCCCGGACUAAGAGGAGUUCCUGAGAACAGACGCCCCUCCACCUGACCCCCAACAGAACAGGCCACAACCACCUGUCUUACACACACUUGCUCUUUGGUCAGACCCCUCCCAUCUACCCUUCCUCCUCCCCCUGUGACUCCGCCCCCUCCAGAUGCGUUGAUUCCCCGUUUCAGAGCCAAUAGACUCAAAGCCUCUCGAUCCAUUUCCUGUUUCGAUCCCGUGGCGCGACGCAUUUCUUAGUUCUUCUCUCUGUUCUCUUUUCCUCUGAUUUCUUGCAGAGGCGGUUCUGAACACAUGCUGAUAAUACCAGAUUUAUAUUGAUUAUAUUGAUUUUUAGAGGACGGCGUUGCUCCUGUCAAAGUAACACAGGAGGAUCAGAAGCAUUAACCACAGAAGAAGACGGAGAUUCAGAGAUCUCGCUGAGAACCCACAGGACACACGGUGAAGUCAUUUCCUGCUGUGACAUCACAGGUCACACUACAAAACCCUUGGCUUCAUUUGCACAGCAGUCAAAGCUUUAUUUAGGAGUCUGACAGACGUCUCUGGAUAGAAGCUACGAGUUGAGCCUCUGACCCGAGCCAUCGGUGCAUCCCCCCCCGCCCCCCCCCCUCACGGAUCUGCCUUCAUGGUUCCCCUUCUACCUCCACAUGUUCAUCCAUCCGCACCCCCUUUGUUUGCUCCUCAUGUCAUCCCCACAAGCUCCUCCUCCUCUGUGUUCCCUCUGUCCUUUCCUACCCUCCUUUACUUUUGGAUGUUACCUCCUUCCUCUCUCCUUGCUGCCAAGCCCCGCCCCCGUCGCCUGGGAUAAGAAAAACUUUUUAUUGCACUGUUUGUUUUUUUUGUAAGAUAUUAAUAAGAAUAAUGUUAAUAAUCUUGUUAUUGUGACAUAACCUGGUGUGUCCAGAUUUAAUGGAAGUGGUACUCUUAACUUGAGAGGGAGAAAUGUUGUUUCUGUAAUAAGCUUUUUAUUCUUAUUUGUUUUAUAUUGUUAUUUUUGUAUUAUGUUUUUCUUUUUUUUACUCUCUGGAUGUGAACCAGAGGUCAGUGUUUCAUGCUCUGAGGCGCCUGCUGAUUGGACCUCGAGUGUCACGUGAUCACACACCAUGUAAUAAUUAACCGUUGGAUCCCCACAUAUUAAAUGUUUAUUUUAAAAUUCA